AUGGGGCUCUUUAUCCACAGCACCAAGGAUCAUGGGCUCUUCACGUCCACACUGCAGCCUGGGCUCUGUCGCUACGGAGCGAAGCUGGCCUGCUGCUACGGCUGGAGAAGGACCAGCGAGGGAGCCUGUGAAGCUUCGUGUGAACCUGGAUGCAAGUUCGGGGAGUGUGUGGGACCAAACAAAUGUCGAUGCUUUCCAGGAUACACCGGGAAGAUGUGCAGUCAAGAUGUGAAUGAGUGUGGAAUAAAGCCCCGGCCGUGCCAACACAGAUGUGUGAAUACACACGGGAGCUACAAGUGCUUUUGCCUGAGCGGUCACAUGCUCAUGCCGGAUGCCACGUGUGCAAACCCCCAGACGUGUGCCCUGACAAACUGCCAGUACAGCUGCGAAGACACGGAGGAAGGGCCUCGCUGUCUGUGUCCGUCCUCGGGACUCCACCUGGCACCAAACGGAAGAGUCUGUAUAGAUGUCGAUGAAUGUGCCUCUGCCAAAGCCAUCUGCCCUUACAAUCGAAGAUGCGUGAACACGUUUGGAAGCUACUACUGCAAAUGUCACGUUGGUUUCGAACUGAAAUAUGUCCGUGGCCGCUAUGACUGUGUAGAUAUAAAUGAGUGUGCUGGGAAUACCCCUCCGUGCAGCCUCUAUGCCAGCUGCCUCAAUACCCAGGGAUCCUUCAAGUGUAAAUGCAAGCAGGGAUACAGAGGCACUGGACUUCAGUGUUCUGUUAUCCCUGAAAAUUCUGUGAAGGAAGUCCUCAGAGCUCCUGGUACCAUCAAAGACAGAAUCAAGAAGCUGCUGGCUCACAAAAACAGCAUGAAAAAGAAGAUAAAAAUCAAAAAUGUCAUCACAGAACCUUCUGGAACUCCUGCCCCUAAGGUUAACGUGCAGCCCCUCAACUCUGAAGAGCGUGUUUCCAGAGGUAGGAACGCAGAUGGAGGUAAAAAACGAAAUGAAGAGAGAAAGAAAGAGGGGCUCGAGGGGAAGAAAAGAAAGGAGAAAACCUUGAAGAACCACGUGGAGCGGGAGCAGAGCCUUCGAGGAGAUGUGUUCUCCCCUAAGGUGAACGAAGCCAGUGAAUUGGGUGUGGUUCUGGUCGAGAGAAAAGCUGUCACAUCCAGACUGGACCUCAGAGAUGUAAAUAUCUCAGUUGACUGCAGCUUUGACCACGGGGUCUGUGACUGGAAACAGGAUAUGGAAGAUGACUUUGACUGGAACCCUGCCGAUCGAGAUAACGCUGUUGGCUACUAUAUGGCAGUUCCGGCCCUGACAGGCCGCAAGGACAUCGGCCGCCUGAAUCUCCUGCUCCCGGACCUGCAGCCGCAAAGCAACUUCUGUUUGCUCUUCGAUUACCGGCUGGCCGGAGACAAAGUAGGGAAGCUUCGAGUGUUUGUGAAAAACAGUAACAACGUCCUGGCAUGGGAGGAGACCAGGAGUAAGGACGAAAGGUGGAAGACUGGGAAAAUUCAGCUGGAGCAAGGGAGCAUCACUACCAAAAGUAUCAUUUUUGAAGCAGAACGUGGCAAGGGCAAAGCCGGAGAAAUUGCGCUGGACGGCGUCUUGCUGCUUUCAGGCUUAUGUCCAGGUGGCCUGUUACCUGUGAACGGUUGAAUGUGACCGUGGUCUUUUGUGUCUUUAUAUUUGGCUUUGGAUGUCCAUUCUCUGUCUUCUGGUAUUACAUCACAGAUUCCCCCACUUUAGAAACACAAACUGAAAAACCAUAAUGUACCAACAGAAACAUUGUCACACGCCUUUCUUGGAUAAGAGGUGCCAGGAGUUGCUUUAGGUAUAGCACCGCUGUGUUUCUGAAAUGAUUAAAAGAAAAAAACAGUAACAGAAACUACGGGGAAUUGUUUCUUUGUUUCCCUUUUCUGGCCCGGCUUGGAAACUGUGACGUCACAGCUAGAUUUUUUGUUUUUUACCUGAGUGGCUUAGCCUGCUGUUUUAUAGCCAAGCUUGUAUAUUUCAAGUCUUUGUAAUAAUAUUCAAAUAAUCACCUUGUGCCAUGGUUUAAGUCUUCCUAAGUAAGAAAAUAAGCUUUGGACGCUAUGUUUUGUUACAUGUAUGAUUAUUUGCUUUCCUGGAAAAUGUGGGUUUUAUUGCUUUGUGUUGGAAAUACUUUGCAUUCUUACAAAUUCAUAAAAUUACUUCCUCUUCUGGGAGCACAUGACUGCUUUAUUAGGCCUUGUACGUGCAGUGCAAAUUAGCUUAAGUUGUGGAAUGUAAGGCCUCGGAGAAAUACCUGAAACGAAAUCAUGCCAAUAUCAGGAAACAGAAGAAAGACCAAUGCCUUCUUUUCUCUGUUUCUCUUUUCUUCCAAAUUCAGGAACAGCUUUGUGUGGUAAUGAAUCUUGAAUUAUUCCCCUGAGGAUGAGUGUGUAUUAUGUUUUUCGACUCUAGGUCUUAAACAGGUGUAGGACAUCUCCCAAACAGAAUAUUCCCCAGUAUUCGUCACCCCCUAAAGCAACGAAGGCAUCGAGCUGUAGGAGGAACGAAAGAGAGAAGAUGGUCCACUUACUAAUCUUUAAUGUGUGUAACUUCACUCUUAAGGUUUUUUUUAAUUUUUCAUUUUAACGUUUAUUGUAUUUUUGAGAGAGAGACAGGGC